AUGUCUGUGACUGAUGAACUGGGAAAUAUUUGUCUUUUUUAUGAAUAUACUGAAUACUUCUGUGUCUCUGUGGAUAAUAGGUUAUUUGCUAUGGAUUUGGAUCAAGAACACUGGCUAAAGGAGCUAGUGAAACAUGUAAGGAAGAGAUUUACUCAUUCUGCCCAGAGGCUGAACCAGCAGAGACAGCAAAGCCAGUGUGAUUCAUUGAAUGAAGACAGUGGACAAUUACCAGCAAUUUCUUCACGUUUUGCCUUGGAUAACCUAAGCUGGUAAUGUAAGCUGAAAAUGACACAGCAAAUGCAUAACUUAAGUCUCCUCCAGACUAAAAAGAACAGUGUGCCAUCCUCUCCAAAUGCUGCAAAGCGGUUAUAUCGGAACCUGUCUGAGAAGCUGAAGGGGAGUCAUACAUCCUUUGAUGAAGCGUAUUUCAGAGCUCGAUCAGACCGGCUCAGUCUCCGUAAGACCUCAAUGAAUUUCCAGUGCAAUGAAGCUAUGUUUGAAGCUGUAGAACAGCAAGACCUGGAUGCUGUUCAGAUUCUUCUUUAUCAAUACACGCUGGAGGAAUUGGACCUGAACACACCAAACAGUGAGGGACUAACUCCUUUGGAUAUUGCCAUUUUGACAAACAACGUCCCUAUUGCUAGGACCCUUCUACACGUUGGGGCAAAGGAAAGCCCUCACUUUGUGAACAUGGAAAGCAGGUCAGUGCAUCUGAGUACAUUGGUCCAGGAAGCACAGCAGCGAGUUACUGAAUUGUCUGCACAAGUGAUGAAUGAAGACCUUGGUACAGACAACACAGAAAAAGAGAAGCAACUAAAAGCAUGGGAAUGGAGAUACAGGCUAUACAAGCGCAUGAAAGCAGGCUACGACCAUGCUAGAGCCCCUGAGGCGCCAACCAAUGUCUGUCUCAUGGUAACAAGCAGUACAUCACUCACUGUCACCUUCCAAGAACCUCUGAGUGUCAACUCAGCUGUGGUGACCAAGUAUAAAG